UACAACAACAACAGAAAUGGCGUCUUCCCAGGAUGUCCACGUCCGUAUUUGUGGACAAGAAAUAAUCAAAUAUGAUCUCGAAAUUAAAGCUCUCAUUCAGGACAUUAGAGAAUGUCCGGGGCCACAAAGUGUGCUGAUGGAUUUCAACUCCAAAGUAAAAGAGAAAUUAAAUCAACUGCGACUGAGAAUCCAGAAUAUGGAACAAAUGGCUAAGGAACAAGACAGAGAGACAGACAAACAAGCCAUCCUGAGUGAGACAGAGAGUCAUCGCAGACAGAAUCUGAGUAACCAGACAGCUUGGAGGAAGGCAAACUUGGCAUGUAAACUGUCCAUUGACAACCUUGAGAAAGAUCAACUUCUGAAUGGUGGAGACUCUACUGUGAGACAGCGGAAAGCAACUAAGGAGAGUCUGGUCCAGACAUCUGGUGACAUCACAGAGAGCCUGAUGAGCAUCAGUCGUAUGAUGGCCCAGUCGGUGUCUCAGAGUGAGGAGACCAUCGGCACUCUGGCUACAUCUUCAAGAACAGUCCUGGAAACGGAUGAAGAGUUCAAAUCCAUGACAGGAACCAUACAUUUGGGAAGGAAACUGAUCUCGAAGUAUAAUCGACGAGAAUUGACUGACAAACUACUCAUCUUUCUAGCAGUAGCUUUGUUUUUAGCCACUGUCUUGUACAUUUUGAAAAAAAGGCUGUUUCCAUUCAUUUAGAGGAAAUUGUAAGCAAUUGCCAGUUUUGUCCUUUGAUAUUACUCCCCAAAAUGACAUCUGUAAUGUCACUGCAGUCAUGCUGCAUUUCUAACCUUUCAAUGUCUUUCUUGCCCUACUACAGCCUUGUGCAUGGCCAUUUUGCAUCUUCAAAACUGUCUGACAUGCAUUAUCUAUACCACAGAGGAAUGACCUUUAAUGGCAAACUCACCGCAGAUGUUGAGAUGAGCGUGAUGAAAGGACUGCUCUCAGAGUAUCUUGAGCAUGUGCACAGGUGCGCUUCACGCUGCUACGAAAUGGAAGCUACAGGAUCAAAACAGAGAAGUUUAGCCUUGCGGAAAUCAAUCCACUUUGUGUUUACUUCGUGCAUGCAACAUCUCGUUGAGUAUCUUUACUGGCAGGAAUUAUUUUUUAUUCCAUUACCUUAUUUUUCCUGUAUAGUAUACCUCAAAUGUACACCCUGGUGUUAGUCCAUACGAGGAAAUGACAAUGGUUACUGUACAUCUGAAACAGUAUAAAGUUUGGACGUAAUGUCUGCUAAUGGUUUUUGGAUAGAGAACAUUACAUAUGGCCUAAACGUACCAAAGGAGACUGUGCGUGUGUGUAAUUCGAGAAUACAUUUUUGAAUUAUGACUCAAUUGAAGCCGAGCGUGCGGGUUUUCCACUGACUCCUCGCUCAAUUAAGUCUAUUGUAAAGUUAAUCGCUGGUGCUGUUAGUCACAACAAUGUCAAUUAUUUCACUUUUUGUUUUGGAAGAGGUAGCUAAGGGUUGAGGCUUUACCAUACAUGGUAAAUUAGACCAAUUCAUCCACUUAUGGAAACAUGGCAAUCCUGCUCUGCCUGUCCUUUUCACCCUGCUUGCUCUGGUAAGUUCGUUGCAUUAGUGUAGGAAAUUGAGUUUACAUUGAAGUUGAAAAACUAUUGAAUAAACAAAUAUUGUGCGUCUUAUUGCUAGGUAGCGGAAAGAUCUCUCCAAUACGACUUCUAGUCUGUCCAUUUUGGAUUCCUCCAAUACAUGUUCCACAUAUUACCAGUAAUGGCAGUAAGCAACCAAUGUAUUAUGGCCAGAUUUGCCAAUUCAUUGUUAAGGAGCAGACCCCUUUCCCCCCCAAAUUUGCACCCGAAAUGACAGAUCCUUGCUACAGACAGUACGAUUGGGAUAUGCAUUUUCUUUGUACCAUUUGAAAACUCAAGUUUGAGGAAAUGUGAGAGGAACGUAGGAGGAUAACACAUUGAUUUGCUAAAAGAAACGUUUUGUACCAUCAUCUUUGAAAUGCAAGAUAAAGGCCAUAAUGUAUUAUUCCAGCCCAGGUGGCCACUAGAUGGCAGUGUACGUGAAGUUUUAGGCAAUGAACCAUCGCGUUUGUUCAAAAUGUUGUAUGAAGACUGCCCAAAUGUGCCCAAUUUGUUCAAAACUGUACAUAAUAGCAUGGUAUUCUUUUACUGUAAUACAGUACAGUUGGAUUAAAUUCUUACGCUCUGACAAUCA